AUGUUUUUGUUUCUCUUGUUGUCGUUCUCUGCGGCGGAAGUAAUUUGCGACUAUGAUGAGCCCUGUACAAGGCCAUGCAGCGAUUCUGUCUGCGAGUUCUUUUGGAACAUCGAGCAUCGACUGACGGGGACUUGGAGGACGACGGACUACGGUUCGAAAAGGAAUUAUGCGAAAGGGGCGCUGCGAGAUUUUCCGAUUCGAUGGAACAAGACGCGUAACAAUUUCGACAUCGUCCAAGAAGGAAUCAACAAAGGAGUCGAAGAAGUGAUCGACGAAAACGGAAAAGUGAGGAAUCCACUUGAUGAGCUCGAAAACCUCCUACUCGUCGACGGGCAGCAGAUGCGCAAAAUUAUUACUAUCAAUGGCCAAAUGCCCGGUCCAAAUAUCAUCGUCAACAAAGGAGCGCUUGUGAAAAUUCAUGUCAAGAGCAGGGCUCUAAAUAGACUAGUCCAGGCUCGGACGUAG